CAGAAACAGAAACUGAACGAAUGUCUACCAAACCUACUAGAACUAGUGCAGUUGAAUAGCUGGACUACCACUCAUCGGACAUUAAGGAAUACCUAGAACCGUACCGGAACAAUGAAAAUCUAAUGCGACGAAACCGGUUGGCUUAUACAACUUCGUGACAAAUAUAUUGGAGAUAGGAAUACGUCAGAUACUGCAGCCUUAUUUGAUCUCAAGGUCGCGGGAUGACCGCAGUCAAACACGUGAUACUAUAUUUUUUAUUCUCUGUUGUCUCAUUAGGACUCUCGAGUGACCUAAAAUCCGUCACUCUAAAUGAUAUUUUAAACAUUGAUCUUUCCGAAUAUACAGAAGGGUCAAAUGCUGCACUUUUAUUCAUAAGUAAUACAGGCUGUUAAUUCGAUAACAUUCUUCAUCCAGUUCCUGAAAACUGUCAUAACUGCCAUAUGCACAGAAAACUCCUUAAUGACAUUUCCUCCGAUAUUCUAUACAGUGGUGAUAUUUUUCAUCUCAACGAUAUGACUGUCCCUUGGGUUAAUAUGCUUUCCGCUCCAGCUAUACUGUUUUUAAACAAUGAGAGGAAAAUCCCCUAUUCUGGUCUACUUCAUCGCACUCAUCUUAUUACCGCUAUGCAUCAGUUUACUACAGGAGUGCAGUCAGCUCGAUUAGAUGAUGCUAAUUUUGAACACGAUACUCAAGCCUCUACUGGUUCAACAACAGGCAACUGGCUUGUUAUUUUUGAUGAGAUCACACCAGACACCUUACAGAUCUACGAUGGAUUGUCGUUGACUCUACGAGCAAAACACGUAAAUAUAGGCAUUCUUGAUCCGAAACAGUCGACGCGUACAGCAAAACGUUUCAAUAUCAGCAUACCAUCGGAUUCUGCUCAGAAUAAUCCUCUGAUUUCAGCAAUCUUAUUAAAACAAUCCACCAUGUAUCAAUAUUCAAAAAAUCUACAUCGAAUGGAUUAUGAGCAAAUUUUUCAAUUCGCACUUACUGACUAUCCAAAUCAUAUUAAAGGUUCAAUUCCACGUCCACGUAUGAUAUUUGAUGAAAUGGUCGAUGCUCUUGUCGGAUUUACUGUGGACCUACAAAACGAAUUCGGCAAGCCUCUCGUACUAUUGCUUGGAGUUAUUGCCUUGUUCACUGUUAUGAUUUUUGUUGGUUUAAUACUAGUAGUAGGGUUUUGGUUCGCAGGAUCUUUUGAAAAUGAUGAUGAAAAAGAGCAUGUACCGUUGACAACAUCGCCUCAUCAAACUGGUGAUGACAAAAGAUCAGAAUCAGUUAAGAAAACGAAAAAUGAAUGAUAAAAUGUGCUUACUAUUUCUUUUCAUAUACACUUAAUCUGAAAAAUUUCUUGUUGGACAUUUUUACACUUAUGCAAUUUUUAAAGAAAUCCUUAUCAAAAUUUGUCUCGUGUAUUUCCUAUGCUUUACUUUUUUGUCAAGAUUGAUUGAAAUUCUAUUUGUACUUUUUAUUUGCUGUUGAAUAUAGUCAUUCCUGUAAGAACAUAUCUG